AUCAACCUCGACAAAAUGGCGCUGUUCGCUGGACAAGUGUGUAGCAACAUGCUGAAGAUGAGCCGCCUUGGGUUGCUCCCUAUGCGGCACUUACCUGCAGCUUCAACAUGUAUGAGAACCCUACAUGAACAGACGUUAUCCACAACGGCACAGUCCAACCAAGUCACACCCAACACGAACCUAAGCUUGGUGCCAUAUCGGCAGAAGAGCUCGGCCCCAGUCCCAGUUGCUGCCCCCAAAGACAGUAAAGCUGAGUUUGUCGUUGCCAGAAUGGAUGACCUUAUUAACUGGGCAAGAAGGAGUUCCCUAUGGCCGAUGUUGUUUGGGUUAGCCUGCUGCGCUGUAGAGAUGAUGCACAUGGCGGCACCACGCUACGACAUGGAUCGCUUCGGCGUGGUGUUUCGUGCGAGUCCCCGCCAGGCUGAUGUCAUGAUUGUUGCCGGGACUCUGACAAACAAGAUGGCGCCUGCUCUGAGGAAGGUUUAUGAUCAGAUGCCGGAGCCAAGAUGGGUGAUUUCAAUGGGAAGCUGUGCAAAUGGAGGAGGUUACUAUCAUUAUUCAUACGCUGUGGUCAGAGGAUGCGAUAGGAUUGUUCCUGUGGAUAUAUAUGUGCCAGGGUGUCCACCCACUGCCGAGGCACUUCUCUAUGGCGUUCUUCAGCUACAGAAGAAGAUCAGGCGAGCUCAGAACAUCACAAUGUGGUACCGCAGAUAAGCUAUAAACGUCAUCGUGCAGACAUCUUGGUCAUGUUCCUUCUGUUUUUUUAGUAAUAAAUAUUGGAGUUGAUUUCUUAAAGUGCUAAGAUUUGUCAUGAGACGAGUUGUCAUAGCAGAACCCUUGCAUUGGCCACAUCAUAAAUGAAUUGUGCACAAAUGAAAAGCUAUCAUUUUCCCCGAGUCCUGCUAAGCACGAGCACAAUUCCAUAAGCCAUUUUGAGAUAUAUUGGACACAAUACUACAACACUGUAGGGUCUGGGUUAAUCUGUCUGUAUACAACAUAGAGUUGUAUAAGAACUAGAGGGCGCACUGGUGAUGCUGCUUGCACAAACGCGACGGGACCGCAAGGAGACACGCACGCCGU